GGUUUAUACCCCAAUCAUCUAUCUAUCUGCGGGAAUGGGAGCGUUGAAGAACAAGAACGAAUUGAUUGAUGAAACGCUUUAAAUCUUCUAUCGUCUUUUUGUCGCAAUACAAUCCCGCAUUUGAAUUUCAGAGUUUCCAAAGGUGCUGUUUGAUACCUCUAUUUCCCCACAAUCUUUAGUCAUUUUCUAGCACAGCUCGAGUACAGCAAGCAACACUUCAGACUUCACGAUCUACGACUUUGGUGCACACAUCGACUGCGGAACCUCCACACAUACCGCGACAAGCAUAUACUGUAUCGCCCACGAAUAGCUUUGAGCUGGAUCAGGAUCCAUUGCACUAAAAUCGUAUCUCCCAUUCUUGCAUAGGUACCUGGAUGACUUUUGUGUCGGUCCCUUAACUGCACCACCUAUGUCACCCUGGCACGAAGAACGUUGACCCCGACCUCUCGAAUGGGCAGAUGGUUGGACCAUCGAGCAUUCUGGGUUCGUCUGUGACGACUGCCCAGAAAAACACCUACGCACAACAAUAUGCCGGAAGGACGAGCCUAGAUCAACCUGGGGGUUUGCAACCACCAGGUCAAAAUGGCUCGCGAAUGGCCUCAAGCUCGACAGCCGCAUUUGCGCCUCGUGGUUCCUCUCUCGUGCCAUCUCCCGCCCCAGGAAGCUUCAGUUCGACAAUGCGCAGCCAAAUGCCACGGCAAGCUUCGGCUCUUGAUACAAAUGUUUCCAUGGUAAACUUGGAGCGAUUGGACGAAGACGAUAGUACGACGCCGGUGAAGAUAUUGUCGAAUUUACGCGAAAUGCUGAGUAGGGAGAUGAAAAUAAAGGAAGGCAGUGAGAACAUGUUAGAGGCGCUGAAUACGAAGAAAGCGAAGCAGACGAAAGAGCAAAGGCAGCGGGUGGAAGCGGAGUUGAAUAUAUCCAACCAGAAGAUCAGAGAUUUGAGAUUGAAAAUUACGGAAAUGCAAAAGCCUAAACCACCCACCACUCCGCCGCGCAGUCGGAUGGAUGCUCUCUUCCAAAGUAAUGGUGUGAGAUCACCUCCAAGUGCUUCUAAGAGUAUGGGGGGCUCAGAAGCGGCAGAUGAGCCUACAGAGUCGCCAACAUAUGUCUUAGCUGAAAUAUUACAAGCUCUAGAGGCAGAAGGUCUCACUCCGGAUUACUACGUUGGUCAUGCAAACGAUCUGGUUGAACUCUUCAAGCGACAUCCUACCUUAAAGUAUGAUCUGGUCUGGUCAGUAUUUGGCCUGAGAAUGCAAGUUAUGCUCCUGAGUGGGAGCCGAGAGGUUGUAGCUGCAGGAUACCGCAUGACAAGAUAUGCGAUUUCGGAUGUCAGCUCUUUACAAAAGAUUCGCAGCCUAAACACUGAUAAUCUUGUUGUCGUAUCACUCAUUAAGAAGGGAACUUCUGACGUGGAAAGAGAGCAGGCCUUGAAGUUUAUCCGAGCAUUCCUAGAUGUAAAAGACGGUAUCAAAGAGGUCUCUAGGGCUGUGGUAAGAACUAUAGCUUCAGUCGCAGACCAUGAGGAGGAUCGACUCAAACCUAUCUGCAUAGAGACACUUGCGGAGAUCAUGGUUCGCGAUCCAGGCCUUGUCGUUGCCUCUGGCGGUCUCAGACCUCUUGCCGAUGCUCUAGGCGAUGGUACUUACGACGCUUCCGAGAGUUUAACAGCAGCGUUUUUGUUCUUGCUCGAUUCUCCUCUUAGACGCCAGUAUUUGCGAUCGGGUUAUGAGCUAGAAAUCCUCUUUACUUCUUUCACCGACUCACUUUUUGUGAAAGAAGAAAUUCUAAAGCAGAACUCGAAGGCUAUUUCAUAUGCUAUGAACUCAUGGCCUGGACUUAUGACAUUGUCUAUGUACGACUUCAGAGCUAUCAAAUCACUGAUAUCAUGCUUAAUCCUUCCCAAUCCCAUUGUACGCGAGACUGUCAUAGAUAUGCUUUAUGGAAUCUUGCGCAUCAAGUCUCCUUUUUGGGCAACCUCCUUCCUCGCUGGCAGGCGUCUCACUACAUAUGGAAGAGUUGCAAACCUCAAAACAGCACCGUCAAAGCCAUCGGCGCAGUCAACGACUGAUGAUGAGUCUGGUGACAAAAGUUUCGUCGAUCAUUACACAGCGCUUCUACUGGCAGUGCUGAUAAAUGCUGGCAUGGUUGAAGGGUUGUUACAGGUGACCUCAGACACCGACAAUGCGAUGUUGAAGCGAAAAACUACUCUGCUUAUUGGAGAAACCUUGAAGCUUGCGAGUCAACUAUUACCAUCAAGCUGGAGUGCCGAACUUCAGUUGCUUCCCGGGUUAUUCGCUGCUGCAUCUCAGUUCGGGAGCGAUGGACGACUUGUAGCCACUAGCACGGUAUAUCAGAUUAGUAGUGUGAGUCGGACGUUGUAUAGAUCAGCCCCAUCCAUCUCGACAACCCUUUCGAUAAAUAACAGUCACGAUAACUUGUCAAGCUUGGGAGACCAACCUAAAAGUAAUCCUAAUGUCUCGUUUGACGAGACGACAUUUAGACAGCUAUUGGUUGAAUCUCAAGUUUUGGCUAGCACAAAUCCUAUUAAGUGGAAGUGGGAUAUUAUCUUGCGAAUUAUCGAGGGCCCGUUGUUAAACGGCAAGCGGCUAGAUGAAGCCGUGAAAGCCUCAAAGUUCAUCAAAAGAAUAAUGAGUUUCUAUCGGCCAUUUAAGUACAAGUUUUCUGAAGUUAGAAACACAAGGAUAAAUCAAAAAUAUAUCAAGGUCGGCUGUGCGCUUAUGCACACUCUCCUUCAAACCGUUGAAGGAGUUAAAUACUUGGCAGAUAACAAGCUACUCAGACAAAUUGCAGAAUGUCUUGCUCAAUGUGACCCGACGAGCGGCCUCACCGCUUCCCAACCAACAUUCUCAAAGGAAAGGCUUUCAGAAACUCUUGCAUGUGGUUAUUUUGCUAUGCUUGGAACUUUGACUGGCGAUCCAAAAGGGUUGCAAAUGCUCGAUCGUUGGCGAAUGAUCAAUAUGAUGUAUCACAUAAUCGAUUUGAAGCAACGCCCCGACUUGAUUAGGCUACUGUUAUCAAACUUUGACUAUAAUUUACCGGGACACCCGAGAGUCCUCCUGUCUAAGGCUCUCACUGCAGGAUCCAAGGAGAUUCGUAUACAUGCGACGAACGUCUUACGCAAAUAUUCAAGUCGAGCCACAGGGACCACCGACUAUAAAUGGGCAAUCGAGCUUUUAGUCACGCAACUUUACGAUCCAGAGGUUGAAGUCUGCGCAACUGCUAUCAAGAUUCUCGAAGAAGCUUGCAACAGGAAGAGCUACCUCGAAUUCAUUGUGGAGUGUCGUCCAGCUUUAGACCACUUGGGAGAAAUCGGUGCUCCUUUACUACUACGUUUUCUUUCCACGUCAAUUGGAUAUCAUUAUUUGGACGGACUGGAUUAUAUCAGUAAUGAAAUGGACGAUUGGUUCCUCGGACGAAAUGAUAGUUAUGUCGGAGUUAUCGAGGCAAGCUUGGCAAAAUCCUUUGUAGAAAUGCCUGAAGAAUCUUCAAAUAGGAUGAGUAUGGACGAAGAUAGCUUUGAUCUCGAGGGCGAAAAUGAUGCGCAAGUUCCUCCUCACUUCUACAGAGAACUUACCCGUACCAAAGAAGGCUGCAAACUUCUUCAAGAUAAAGGACAUUUUGAAGAAUUCGCUUGCACUAUCCGUGAAUAUGGUAUGCUAGCCGAUGAUCCGGAACUCAUUCUCAAAAUUAAAGGAUGUCUUUGGGCAGUCGGAAACGUAGGAUCCAUGGAGCUAGGCGCACCUUUCCUAGAAGAGUCAGAUGUGGUUGAACAAAUCGUCAAGAUUGCAGAAGAACAUCAAAUCAUGAGUCUACGCGGUACCGCAUUUUUUGUUUUAGGACUUAUUUCGCGUAGUCGACAUGGACUUGAAAUUCUCUCCGAACAUGGAUGGGAUUCAAACACCAGCUCUCUAGGCAUCUCACUCGGUCUCUGCAUCCCUCAAAACCUGAACAAGUUCUUCUCCUACCAACCUUGGGAACAUAAAACCAUCUCCGACAUAGUAAUCACAGACGAAGAAAAAAUCGAAAUCGACAAAGCGAGAGUAGACGAUCGGGAUAUAAAUCAACGUAUCCUGGAACUGGUAGAAAACCUAGGAAAUAUGAUAUUGCAUAAAAAGGCAAUUGGGGAGCUGAUACAAAUUAAGGAGAACCAAGGGGAUGCAUUUAAACAGGUGGGACUUUUCAAGAAGGUUAUGGUACUGUUGGAAUAUCAUCAUUUUAGAUUGCCGAUGAGGAGGUUUGUUAUUGAACUAUUUGAGAAGAGGGUGCUUAGACGCAUUGUGCUGGACGAGGAUAGUGAGGAUGAGAUGGAGAUGGGGAUAGGAAUGGGAGGGAGGGAAAUGGGGGGAAGAGAGAUGGGGGGAAGAGAAAUGGGGGGAAGAGAAAUGGAGAGAGUACAAAGGGUUCCAAGACACGAAGAAGAUAGUGGAAGUGAGGGCGUAAGAACAGAGCGUCAGAGAAGUGUUACGGAUAUUAGAGUGGUGGGAAAUGAAGCCAAUAAUGCUUCGAUAUGAGAUGAUGUGGUUCGAAACAGCAAAUGGCUGCAUGGAUAUGUACGAUUACAAGAGAUCGGCAGACACAGAGAAAGAUGGAGAGAUGAUGAGUGAGGAGAGGUGAUACACAUACACUCUGCAUCAGUUUGCAUAAACCAAGUAGCAAAGAUCCUUGCAGUUCAAAAUUUCUUCACGGCGUUCUUUUUCUUUCUCCUCUUUCCUUCUUUCCCUCUUCGCCCUCGCAUAAUGGGGAGAAAAUAUCAAGUAAAGCGAAAAGCGAAAAUCCGUCUCGCUUCUCUUUCGCCUUUCCGAAAUUUGUAUUUUCAACUAUUUUAUCUGGCAUUGUCUUGCUUAGGUUACCUAUCUACAUAUCUACCUACCUAGGUAGGUAGUUGGUUGGCGUGGUACGGAAGGGCGUGAAUCUAUCUGGUUGGUUGGUUAGUUGGUUGGAUGGCUGGCAAGCGUGGUUUGGUGUGGUUUGGUGUAUGGAGUGAGUGGAGUGGAGUGGAUUGAUUUGGUGUUUUUUUUAUAGGUAUGGUAUGGUAUGGUUCGGGUUGGUUUGGUAUGGUUCGACUUGUAUUUAGGGAGUUGGAAGAAGGGAGUGGGGGGAUGGAUUGAGGGGAUCUAUGGAUGGAUGGAUAGAUUGAUGAAAGGGUGAAGAGAUGAAAUCAAAAUUUGAUUUGUGGGGAAGAAGUAGCAGAAGUAGUAGGAGAUGAAGGUGAAGGUGAAGAUGAAGAUGUUAGAAUUUGAAAAUAAAUGAAUUGGA